UUUUCUGGAAUCAGACUUCCUCAGCACUACGCUUACCUUGCAGUCAACCUCCCAUCACAGCCCUCGCUGUCGCAUAGAAAUCUCUCAGUUAAUGCAGCUGGCGCAGAGGUCAAUUUCAGCGACUGUUCCAGCAUUCCUGGAAAGCUCCUUACUGGGAAAGUCACCCGCCUCUGAAACCGGCACGGGCGCUUCGUCAGCGGCGCACGGCAGCCAAUGGAAACGCAGCGAUGGUCGAGAGCGCAGUUCUACGAAACGCCAAGCGGCCGCUGAUGAGGUCGCGGGCGCAAAGAUGUAGCGCUCUUCUUGGAAUGAAAUUCCUAGAACGCGCGUCAACUCAUAAAACAGCCAAGCGUGCUGCAAAGGCGUUUCUUACUGCUCAGGAAAAUAACAAUCCACCAAGCCAAACGACACAUUAUUCUUGUUUGAGUACUACUACUUAGCUUUUUUUGUUGUUUUGCGUCAUUUUCGUCCUCAUUUCGCUCCCUUCGAUUUCCUGGAGAAUAUUUGACAGAGAAGGCUCGUUCGGCUUAGACAGCAUCAGAGAUUACUGUUGUAAAAUGUUUAGAUGUUGACUAGAUUCGCUCACUUUGUGGACGUUUUGUCGCCAUUAUAGCACUGCUGGAACAAUGUCAGCAGCUUUGGCACUUUGCAGGAUUCGCGUAAAUUUCAGUCUUUCCAAACUUCUGCCCAUUGGUGGCGUACAGAAGGUGACGAUUUUAUGCCCACAAAGAAGGCUCUCAUGCCAGAGCCACCUUCAGGAAUGGUCGCUAGCCAUACAAGUGCCCAAAAUGAGAGGGAUGAAUCAGAGGUUCAACAAAUUCAGCGGUCCCAAGACGCUCCCUACUCAUGGGCCCCGGCUGAGGAUUUGCGUUUCAUCACCACCACCUUUCAGCACCUACAUACCUCAGGAUGGUACUGGGGUGGUAUGACAGCCAGUGAGGCAAGGGAUGCCCUAAUUGGAGCAUCAGAAGGGACUUUCCUUGUCCGUGACAGCAGCCGUCCACUCUACCUCUUCACCCUAUCCGUACAGACGUGGAGAGGUCCCACUAAUGUCCGCAUCGAAUACGACAGCGGCCAAUUCCGUCUCGAUUCCAGUUUUCCAGCCCGAUCUAGCCUGUUGUCCUUUUCUGCUCUUCCUAGUCUCGUGCAGCACUAUACAUCCACGAGUCAAGGGGAGGAGAGGAUAGCAGAACAACAUCACAUGGUGUCAAAGGACAAUGGCAUCCUGCUGAAGCUCAGGAAGCCCCUGUACAGGGCUCAGGCCUUUCCAACAUUACAACACCUCACACGCCUCACUAUAAACAGACAUACAGAUUGCCAUACACAGCUGCCACUGCCACGGCCGCUGCUGCUGUACUUGCAAGAAUACCCCUUUCAGGUGUGAGGACACUUGGGGGGAUGUUGGUGCAUUUCAGGGGGGUUCGUUUUUGCAAAGUCACAAGUGAUUUAGCCAAAAUGUGCAAAUAUUACCCACUGGCAGAAUCAUGGGUACUUUUAUUUUGGUCAUAUGGUGUGCAGGUGUGCAAAUAAGCAAGGACUAUUUUGUGUACAUUUUUUUUUUUUUGAUAUUUGAAAAUACUUCUCAUUUUAGUAAACAAAAUGUUUCUAUAUCUUUCUGUGCUUCUAAGAAUGGGGCUUCAUCACCAGCUACCAGCUACCAUCACCAGAACAAUGAAAAAAUAAAAUCUCAAAAGAAGUACACGUAAAUAAUACUGUAUUCUGACUGUAAUACUGUGUCUCCAAAGGUGUAAUUUCCUCUGCAAUUAUUGCAUUUUUAAAAUACUGUUUAUAGAGAUUAUUUUAGAAAGUUGUUGACAAUGACAAUUUUAUUUGUAAUUUAGCUUAUAAAGGAACUAGAUUUCAGUUAGAAAUCUGUCAGAAACCGUCAUAGAUAGGCUACCCUGGCAGUAUGAGUCCAUGCGCUUGUAAUCAGACUUUAACUGACACGAAAGACAUUUUAACAGACAACAUCAUCAUUCCAGAAAAAGUUAAUGGCUUUUUUUUCACACACCAAACACAUGAAUAAAAUUUGGGAUGUAACAUAACAGCAAAGAAAAAACAACAACAAUGUGUAGGGCAAUGAACUUCCAUUUUACAUUUGAAGUAAUGUAAGCUAAUGUUUUUACUUAUUUAUUUUACCUGGUAAUAGUACAAAUAAUAUUUCAGUACUCAUGGUGACAUUCGAUAAGCAUCUUGUAACGUAAUUUUCUUAGAAUCAACUUCAGCAGAGGAACAUCUUGCCGUUUUAUAAACAUGCAGAAUUUC